AUGGCCGUGGUGGAGGCGGCCGGAGAGAAGGAGCAGAAGGUGAUUUUGGUGGGUUUAACUAACUGCAAGGAAAGCUUCUACGCGCUGGAUUGGACCCUCCGCCACCACUUCUCCGGCGAAGCCAAGCCUGGAGCCGCUGCUUCCAAGCUCGUCGUCGUCUACGCCAAACCUACCCCUUCCUCCGUCAUCGGCUUCGGUGGCUUAGGAGCCGUCGAUAUUCUGCCCUUCGUGGAGUCCAGUUUAAGCGAAAUUGCUACGUCCGUAAUUGCGGAGGCUCGGGAGCUCUGCGUUGCCAAAACGGUAGUGCUAAUGAUCAGCAGAAAAAAUUACGCCAGAAUUUUUCAUUGA